UUAUUUUUUUAAAGAAAAUGUUCUCAACCAUUUCAUUUUUUUAUUUUUAUUUUUCCUUUUAUGUUGAGUAGGGGAUUCUAUUAAUAGAUAUCUUUCUUCUUCUUCUUUCUCCUUCUUAUCUCUACUGGGGUUGAAUAGGAAUUCUAUUCAUAGAUUUCUAGAUUUGUGAUUUUUCGUGCUCAAAAUGUGCUUGUUUCUAUGGUAUCAGAUUCAUUGUCUUCCAUUUCCGGUUGGGGAUACUUUGCUUUAAAAUGUAAGAAUUGAUACCAGAAAGUCUUAAAGACAAAAAAAAUACUGUAUUUGUCUACUUUUAUGUUUGUCUUGGUCGGCAGAUUUGUUUUUAAAAAGAAAGCGAAACAGGUAGUUCUGUGUGUUGGCCUCUCUUCUUCCAUUUGUUUACUAGGGGUUAGUUCCUUUUAGGUUCAUUGAUUGGUAAAAAAAUCCUUAAAAUAAUUUUUGAGUUAAAUGGAAGGCGGUUUGGAAACGCCAUUGUUAUCAGGUGUAGGUGAUAGGCCCAUCAUCCAGAAUGGGCAAGUUCGAAAGAUUAACUCAGUUGCUUCUCUUAAAUGUGAUUUCUUCUCAAAAUUGCCUGCAAAGGUUCUAUCUGGGCUUGAUUCUGAAGCCCCUUUUAAUCUUGACCUAUCUAAAACAACCGGCUUGAUAGAAGGGGAGAAAGAAUACUACGAAAAACAAUUUGCCACCCUAAGAUCCUUUGAGGAAGUCGAUGCUCUACAAUCGCCUAUUGACAUUAAUGAAGAGCAAGAACAUCAAGAACAAGCACAACAUGAGAGAGCAAUGAACAUCUCUAACUGGGCAAACGUUUUUCUGCUUGUUUUCAAGAUAUAUGCUACGGUACAGAGUGGAUCUAUAGCCAUUGCUGCCUCAACACUGGAUUCUUUGCUUGAUCUUAUGGCUGGCGGUAUACUUUGGUGCACGCACUUGUCCAUGAAGAGCAUAAACAUCUACAAGUAUCCCAUUGGAAAAUUAAGGGUGCAACCAGUUGGCAUUGUAAUAUUUGCAGCCGUCAUGGCUACACUAGGCUUCCAAGUGCUAAUCCAGGCCAUAGAACAACUGAUCAAAAACAAACCUUCAGAGAAGCUGACUUCAGAACAAUUAGUCUGGCUUUAUGCAAUCAUGCUCACAGCUACUGGAGUUAAACUAGUACUUUGGUUUUACUGCAAAAGCUCAGGCAACAAGAUCGUUCGUGCUUAUGCAAAGGAUCAUUAUUUUGAUGUGGUAACUAACGUAAUUGGCUUGGUUGCUGCCAUUCUUGGUGAUCAAUUUUAUUGGUGGAUUGACCCGGUUGGUGCCAUCAUCCUUGCAUUCUAUACGAUUUCGAAUUGGUCUGGAACUGUGCUGGAAAAUGCAGUGUCCUUGAUUGGUCAAUCAGCUCCUCCUGAAGUCUUGCAAAAACUUACAUACCUCGUACUAAGGCAUGAUCCUGCAAUCAGACGUGUUGACACAGUCCGUGCCUACACAUUUGGGGUUCUCUAUUUCGUCGAGGUUGACAUCGAACUCCCAGAAGAUUUGCCAUUGAAAGAAGCACAUGCAGUUGGAGAAUCACUGCAAAUAAAGAUUGAAGAACUCCCUGAAGUAGAGCGGGCCUUUGUUCAUCUUGACUAUGAAUGUGACCACAAACCAGAGCACUCUGUUCUCAUAAGACUCCCAAACGAUCAGCCUUGAGUUUGAGUUUCCCUUGUAAUAGUAUCCUGUUGUACUUUUGUUAUAGUAAUCAGUAUCAGGGGAAGGAGAUCAAAAUCAAUCUCUCAGUAGUUCAAGAGAGUGAUAUAGAUACAUGAGAGGGAACAAAAAAUAGUUGUAGUGGAAGUGAAAAAAAUUUUAUGAGAAAGAAAGUAUGUAGUUUGAGACUUUGAGUUGUUGUAUCACUUAUUUGAAGUAGCCAGACUUAUGCAGAUGUUGUAAUUUCAAGUUCAAGAAAGGAAUAAAUGUUAUACAGUUUCAAUUUUCUA